AUGGUGCGUAUCGCGCUCCUGACGGCACCCGCGCGGUUCGAGAGAUUGCUGAUUAUCGUGCUUCUAGGCAACAACAAGCCAACCUUGCUCCCGGAGUCGACGGCGGCAGUAAGGACCCGGCCGGUGGUGCUCGAGACGGUAACGCUGGUGAUGGCAGACGUGGCGGGGGCGAAAGAGGUCGUGGCAGUUGUGGAGGUCGUCGAGCUGCCAGAAGCCGCAGACGCGGCUUUUGCGGCGGCUUCGGCGUCACACACCCAGGAAGCGUGCGAGCGGGCGACGCUUGCCCGCAAUAUGACGGCAGCGAUGCUGCAAUUCCUGGAAUCUAUGGGUAUUAGGCCGAGCGUUGGCGGUGCUGUGCGUGCCGGUCAAGGCGUUGGUCGUAGGGGCGGUGGUCGAGUGAUUCUGGCGGUGGGGGGCUGCGCCGACGAGGCGAAGAAGGACGAUGACAGGGGUGCAGGAGGAGGCGACCGCGAUGGGCACGGCGAAGGUGGUGGUGGGAGCGGUACCUCCCGUCAGUAUCACGUCUCCUCCACGGAAGCGAAGUGA